GUGGGGGUGGCAUGUGCCGACUGUCGUUGCGUGAGUCCAACAAAGACACGAGAGCAGACGACGGGGAGGAGGGUUAGUUCUCACGCCUGCUGCGGUCGUGCCGAGGAGCGAAGAGAGUCGCGCACAUUGAGGGGGGGAGAGGAGUUUCAAGAAUCAGGUUUUGGAGCGAUUGCCGCAGUCGGGCGUUCGUACAUUGUUUGUUUGGGGGUGUGCGAGCGAGAGAGGAGCGAGUCUUGAAUUAGCGAGGGCUGGAGGUGAGGGUUAUGUCGGGUACUUGACGGAGGAGACAGGGAGUACGAGGAAGAAUAAUGCCCGCGACGAUGGAGGAGUGGCGGUCGACGAGCGCAGGGUCCAAGGAUGAGAGCGGGGGCGGGGGUGCGUCAAUUGGUGGAGGUGGAGAAGCUGCGGGCGCUGCUGCUGCUGCUGCUGCUGCUGUCGCGGCUGCGGGGGGCGGUGGCGGUGGCGGGAAGACGGGCAGUGCCGCGGAGGUUGCCACACCUCCUCCCGCGACGGUCAUCAGCAAGAGGCAGCGUCGUCCUAGUGUGAGGUUGGGGGAAAUAGGGGAUCAGAAAAUUUCUGCCAAGGCCGAGGUGCAGGCGAACGCGAGAUGGAUGUCGCCGAACUUCGUUCCCCGGAAGAGCAAUUCCGCGAACGGGGCCAAAUUACCUCGAACUCGUCCUCUGGCGAAUGUCACUCGUGGGGAAAUUGCGGGGCAGGCCGCCAAGGCUGGAAAGGAGGGAUCCGAUGAGGGUACAGGUGCUGUUGCAGGUACUCAGACCCCUCCAGUUGUAGAGAACAGCGCUGCGACCGAAGAAGAGGAAGAAGCUGAGGCUCCUGGGGCUCCGAGCUCGACCGGGAGAGGAAAUUAUGGAGCGACGGGUGCGAAUGCUGUCAAGAAGGGAAAGCAUGGCAAGCGCAAGCGACCUUCCAGCAUCAAGUCCAGCACAAUUGCCAAAACUCUCGGUGUUGUCAGUUUGAACCGAAAAGCGAAGGAGCUGCAGAAGGUGCUGGCAGUGCCUGACGUUAUUCAUCCUGGGGCCGCAGAUAAUGCCGACACUGAUAUGGAAACUCCCCCGGUUGAGAUGGAGGAAGAGAGUGGCGCUGCGAGGGCACCGGAGAAUUUUGAGGAUGAGGGUGGGGAUCACGCACAGAAUGGAGAUACCGAGGUUCUGGAGGAUGAUGGAAAUGGUGAGGAUUCUUCCGGACGUCAGGAGGGUGACGAGCCUGAGAGUCCAGGUGUUCGUGACAACCAACUGGCAAGCAUGAACGGAGCAGCUGGGCCUGUGCAGGAAUUUGUACCUGCGAAGGAUGAUAGGGAGCAGUGCACCAGUCGGCUCACUGAUGGCGACAAGGAACGUAAGAAUGUGUUCAUGAUCCGAGAGGCUUCCAUGAACGGUCGACGAGGAGGCGUCCGAGGAUGGCUGGGGUCGCUUGGUCUUGACAAGUACGCAGAUCUCUUCGAGGAGAACGAAGUGGACAAUGACGUCUUGCCCCUUUUGACCUUCGAAGACCUGAAAGAGAUGGGAAUUGUAGCUGUCGGUGCCCGUCGGAAGAUGUUCGCAGGAAUUCAGGAGCUGGGGCGCCUUUGUUAAGACGCCUUUCUUACUUGCUUAGGCCUAGUCCAGAAGUCAUGUCUGGCUCCAUCUAAGCAGCAGUCUUUGAGGCAGCAGCUCGAGCAACAAUUCAAGAAACGACAGCAAUUCAUGAGACGACAGUAGCCUACGUGUAUCAGUGAACCCCAGCUCAGAUCCGGGGAAGGAAAGUGUAUAGAGGAAAGGUAAGCAACAAUGUCUUGGACGCUUCAGCUCAAAUCUUCUAUCCUUCUUAAGGUGUUUGUGUUGCAAGCCCACUAAGGCUUUGUAGUGUACCCUUCAAGAGAUGGCUGAGUAGAUGGUGGCCAGACGAUACCAGGGUGUCCUGUUCUGCGGUAUCUGGAGCAAUUUUGUAACACGUCUACAGAUACAAAUGUAUUAUAGUCAGUGGAAUGCAUUUCAGUGAAAGAGUAGCGAUGAACCAGGUUAUCAGCGCAGGUCUGAAGCUCUAGCCUGCUUUUAAGACGGGUCAGAGACUCAUCGAAGAUUGUAGCUUAAUUAGAAACUUGUUUACCAUCUUCUAUGGCCUGAAGUUCAAAGGCAGGUGUAAACUUUGUAUAGCUGCUUUCUACAGUUUUUCUUUUUUAAUUGUAGCUAAGUCACGAGACAGAUAUGAAUGUUGUAAGCCCGUGUUUUUGUCAGAUCCUUAGUAUUCACUUCAUCG